GGAGGCUCCCACAGCCCCAGGGAGCAUGGCUGGGGGUCGAGGAUAAUGAGAUCUGGAGCCCAGCAAACAGAGAAGAGGACUCUUAAAAGGAGCACGAACCUGUUUGUGCUCACCUCUAUUCACAGGACCAGGUUCGAGACAUGACAGAGAGCGGAAGUUGCUCCGCGGGAAACGGCGCACCGAGUCGGACAGAGGCGGGCUCUCUGGAGUCACAGCUGCAGAUGUUGAGGGGUUCCUUGCACCCCUUGGCCUCUGAAUUCCUCCAGGCCCAGGAGGUGGUUGUCCGAAUCGCUGCCCAGCUGUUGGCCGACAAUCAUCCCCCAAGAAGAAGCCAGCCAGCCGCAAAGCCCAGCCUGCUGGAAGCCAACCAGCGGCUCCGCCAGCAGCUGAGCGAUCAAGAGGAGCUAGUUUUCUGCCUGCGGGAGGCAAAUCGGAAGCUGCAGAGCAGCCAGGAAGGGCAAACGGCCGGCAGGCUGGAAGAGAACGGGCAGCUGCGGAGGGAGCUGCGGGAGCAGAAAGAGAACGUGUCCCGUCUGCUGAAGGAGAUGCAACAAGUCCAGGAGAAGCUGAAGGACCAGGAGAAACUGGUGUCCGAGCUGCUGGAAAGGAAUGGGGAUCUUCGGCGGGAGCUGGAGGAGAAGGACUGUAGAGUUUUGCACCUGGUGCAAGAGAAUGACUGGCUCCGUCAAGAGAACGCGAGACUCCAGAGGGGCCCCGGAUCCCAGGGAUGGAUUUCUUCCAUCUGGUCCAGUUCUGCUCCUGCACUCACAGCAAUGGAGUGUGCCUCCAGGGGUAAAGUGAAACCGCUGGAGAAUCGCAGCGCCUUCUGUGGCUGCGGAGAAUGGGGUCUCUCUCCCCGAUCCCUUCUUCCCUUCCUCCUGUCCCCAGCCUUCCCUGUGCAGGUCUGGACGACUGGGCAGACGGGAGGCUGCGAGAAGGAGAUUGUCAACGACGUCUCCAAGUUCCUGGCGGGCCUCGGGAUCUCCCUCCGGCAGGAGGGUUACGAAGAGAAGUCGGACCACUUCCUCCUCCUCUUCUGCCCUGUCUACUCCCGCGUGGGCAGUGACACACUCUGUGCCCUCGAGGCACUGAACAGAGUGCGAAAGGCCGUCUUGGUCGUCCUGCACCACAAGUCGAAGGGCAGCACCCAAGAGAUCCUGGACACCCAGCGGCAGGUCCAGCACGAAGCCCUGGUGCGAACCGUGCAUGCCUGCUACAGCAUGCAGGACGGAUUCUACCCCUGCGAGAUGAACGAGGCCGCCGUGGCGUCUGUGGCAAAGGCCAUCCAGGAGCAGCAUAGGCGGAGCUGAGCUACAGACCCAGCGCUCCGACUUCUAUAGGGUGGCUGACCGCGGUGGGCGUGCAAAAAUGGGAGUUUUCGGGGAGCGAGGGUGCUCACUGCAAUGGACGUUUUUCGGACUGGCCUGGCCUGGCUUGCUACCUCAAGGCUGCGUCCACUCACGCUGGGAUGCCACG